AGUCCCUGAAGGCUGUGCGUGAGUGUGGGACGCCAGCAGCGCUGGUCCAGCCCCACAAGCCACCUGAGCACCCGCAGGUUCUGCUGAGCCUCCUGAGCUGCCGUGGGGACAAUGCUGUCCUCCAGCUCACAGCGCCCCCUGCUGCUGGCAGUGCUGUGUUGCCUGCUGUGGGGACCAGAGGCCACAGGUGCCCGGCAGUCAGAGGAGUCCAAGCCUGUUGAAAUACAUUCCCAGCAUCAUUUUUGUCAAAGCAUCUUCAACAACACUGCUGACAUCUUUCUUUACCUGUACAAAGAGUUAGCUUGGAUUUCAAAGAGCAGUAACAUCGUGUUCUCCCCACUGAGCGUAACUGCCGCCCUCGCCACGCUCUUCCUGGGCACCAAGGCUGACGCCCACAGCCAGAUCUGGAAUGGCCUGGAGUUCAACCUCCUGGGGGCAGGGGAGCACCUGGUCCACGCCUGCUUCCGGCAGCUCCUCCGCACCUUCCAGCACUGGGACAACGAGCUGGCUGCCGGCAGCGUCCUCUUCAUCGACGAGCGUCUGCAGCCGAGGGCUGAGUUUGUGCAGGGCGUCCAGCAGCUGUCCCACACUGAAGCCAUCACCGUCAACCUCAGGGACACGCACGGGGCCAGGACGCAGAUCAACAGCUUUCUGAGGAGGGAAACAAAAAACGAGAUAACGGACUUGGUCCAAGAGCUGGAGAACGACACAAGCCUGGCCCUGCUGACGUACAUUUCCUUCCACGGGAAACUCCGGGAUGAAUUCCACACUGAGCUCACGGUGGAGGAGAACUUCCACGUGGACGAGAGGACGACCGUCAGGGUGCCCACCGUCAACCGCCUGGGUGCAUUUGACCUGCACCGGGACACCAACUUCUCCAGCUGGGUGCUGGCGCAGCACUGUCUGGGAGACGCUGUGGCCUACUACGUCCUGCCCGACGAGGGGAAGAUGGAGCAGCUGGAGAGAGGGCUGACGCAGGAGCAGCUCGACGGCCUCCUGAGACCCUCGGACAUCAGGUCCGCCAGCGUGUUCCUCCCCAAAUUCUCCAUCUCUGGGACCCACGAUCUGAAACCCCUCCUGGGCAAACUGGGCAUCACCAACGUCUUCAGCGACGAGGCUGACUUCUCGGGGAUCACGGAGCAGGGCCCCCUGAAGCUCUCCCAGGCCACACACAGAGCGGUGCUGACCUUGGAUGAAGACACAUUUACUGAGGGCUCGCAUUUCAAUGUGGGCCCGUGGCCCUGGCAGCCCACUUUCAAGUUCAACAGGCCCUUCCUGGUUAUCGUCAUGGAUGUCACCAUAAACUUUCCCAUCUUCCUGGGAAAAGUGGUGAAUCCCAGCCAAGGCUAACAGCCCCCAUCAGGGCCCGCCCCCGUCAGGCCCUGCCCCAAACACAAUAAAGUCUGAGCCUCCUCCUAGA